AUGUCACAACGCAAUAAACUUGUCCCUACAAGUUUCGAUGCUCUUGAGAGAGGGCGAGCCUCCUCGUUUGGUUCGCUCGAGUCCAUUAAUGAGGACGAUUCAGCAACACCUACAGAAGCACCGCUGUCCCAGUCAUAUGCUUCCAGAGUGCCGCAGAAUGCAACACAGACACACAGUGAACAUGACUUGCGUCGUCGUCGGUCCUCCAUUGCUAUGCGGUUCAAUUCAAUUCGACAAUUGGGAGGUGUCAACAGUAUAGACAAUUUUGUGAAUUCGUUUCAAAGAGCUGCCGCAUUCCACGAGAUUACACCCGUGAGACGAGGUUCGGUAACACAAGCUUCCACAGAGAACGAAGAGCCACAAGAGUAUGGACAGACAGAACACAGAAGACCGCCCCUGAAAUCGCUGCUGAGCGAGCAGAUGAUAGGAGCUGAACCGCAGUCUCCUACCAGUACGAUCAGACCCAGCCACGACGACAAUACCUUACAGCAUCAGCCCAGCGAAACGACAAGCCUAUUGACACCUCAACCGUCCAUGUCUAUCCACACGAGACUUGGCUCCGAGCAGAAUCUGGGUGUUAGUUACGGCAGUAUCUCUUCUCGACUAUCCUCAACCGCCAGACAUAGGGCCUCCAUCCUGAUACGGCAACAGGUUGAAGCAAGCCAAAGAGCGCGGGAGCUGCCAGACGAGUACAAGGACGAUGUUGUUGAGCGUCCUGUCGAGAUCGAACAGCGCCCUGACGGCGAGGUCAUCGAGCGUACAAUUGGAGAGUCGACAGUUCCCAUGACCAUAUUCAACUCGACGAACGUACUCAUCGGUAUAGGCAUACUUGCCCUACCCCUGGCGGUGCGCUAUUCUGGUUGGGUGAUUGCCCUCACCUUUUUGACCCUGGCAGCAAUUGUCACUGCAUAUACUGCUCGCAUUCUUGCGAAGUGUCUGGAUACAAAUACUGCAUCGACAACAUAUGGCGACAUUGCGUUUCUCGCGCUAGGCUCAUGGGGUAGAGCUCUUGUAGAGGUGUUGUUUAUCCUCGAGCUUAUUGCCGCCAAUGUAGCGUUGGUAAUUUUGUUCGCUGACAGUAUGCAUAGCUUGAUGCCCUCUGUCGGUGUGAUUUAUCUGAAAGUGCUCAUUGCUGUUGGAUUGCUGCCACUGAAUUUUGUCCCCUUCAAGACAUUGUCUGUCACCAGCGUCUUAGGCAUAGGUUGCGUUAUGGGCAUCAUUCUGCUAGUGUUCGUCGAUGGGUUUCUGAAGCCACAAGCUCCGGGGUCACUCAGGCAAGUUGCCACGACACACGCCUUCCCAUCCAACAUAAGGACAGUACCGCUGAGCCUUGGCUUACUCAUGGCCCCUUGGGGCGGUCAUUCGGUCUUUCCAGCAAUAUACAAGGAUAUGCGACAUCCUCAAAAGUAUGGCAAAGCUUUGCAAACGACAUACAUCUUUACCUAUGGUCUCGAUGUGACCAUGGCUAUCCUUGGCUAUCUCAUGUUUGGCGACAUAGUACGUGAUGAAGUCACGGCCAACAUUCUUGGUUCUACAAAAUACCCACGGGUCAUCUCGGUCAUCCUGGUUGUUCUUAUCGCCGUCAUUCCUGUGACCAAGAUUCCGUUGAGCAACCGUCCGAUUCAGGACACUGUCAACAAGAAGUUCCUGAUUGACCUCCGCCAGAUGGAUGCCAAAGCUCGUGCGUACAGUGAGAAAUCGCUCGCACAUCGUCUAGGUCGAGGCAGUAUCUGUGUUCUUCUCAAUCUCGUUUUACUGGGAGUUGCUAUUGGCUUUCCAGACUUCGACUCUAUCAUGGCGCUGAUGGGCUCAGCCCUUUGCUUCACUAUUUGCAUCAUUCUACCUAUCACAUUCUACCUAAAGAUAUUCUGGGGUAGUGAUGAGAUCAAGCGGCCCGAGAGAAUACUGUGUUUUGUACUGAUUGUAAUUUGCACUGUGCUGGCAGUGAUUGGCACGGUCUUUGCGGUUAUGCCGAAAGACAAGAUUGGUGUACAAAGCUGUGAUGGAAAGAUUGCGUGCUUUUGA